AUAAGGGGGUUACAACACCCUCUCAUAUAUAAUGAGAGCAAAUAAUUAAAAUGCAGUCAUAGAUUAUGUCAUGAGUGGGUAGAGAACAAUACUACAUUGUUUCAGACAUUAGUAAUGGGGGUAUCAGAAUAAACUCCUAGGUCAACAAAAACGAAUCACCUAUUGUAUGCACUGUCGAAAGACAAAUAUCAAAGUCGAAUAAAAUUGAUAUAAAUAAAUCGUAGGAACUUUUUCUCUUCUCUUUCCCGCAAAAAAAAGUUACCAAGUGGAACAGUUGGAGUUAUUCACAUUUUCUUUUCAUAAUGAUUGUGAUAGUUAUUUUACAUGUAUUUCUCGGGAUAUGUUUGUCUCAGCACACUCCACCCUGUGACUGUCAAAACGAUUUGGGAAUUGCCUACUGUCGCCAUGUACGGGCAUGUCCAGAAUUUGUAUCAACUGCCCAGGUGGAAUGUGCGAUAAUUGAAAUAAUUUUGAAAGCAAACACAUCGCUUGACCAAGUAUUGAUCCACGGGGAAUGUAGAAACAUGUCGGUAUACAAGCGAUUGUGCAUGUAUGCAAUUAAGCAAAUAGUAUUGCGGUCUACCAGAGAGAGUUUCCUUUGUUCAGGUAAUUAUAUACUUAAAAAACUGAAGUGUGAUCGGUGAAGCAAAAUUACUGUACUCGAGUGUUAAUUUAUCUGUUAAGGUGAUAUUUUCGAUUUAUUGUGUAAGUAAUUUAAUUUGAAGACCUAUUUCGGAAACAGUCAUUGUAUUUCAGAGUUGAAUUUUAUGAAAAUUUGCGUAAAAUAAAUUCUAAAAAAAAAUUAAAAAAAUUAAAAAAAAUUCAAGAAAUUGGAUUUCAAAAAUUUUGUUACUAUUCGAUCGGAAUAAAACUUUUUUUGGUCACAUGACCUCUUCUUUUUUUCUCAAAUCUGCGAACCUUCCUCUUUGUGCAAUCACCCGUGUGACGCGUGACACCGUUAUCAGUCAUUCCCUCAUGGCGUGCUCACUGAUGAACGGGCGUGUGUUGUGUAAAGAUUUGACCACGACGAUGAAACCGGGGCUGUUGGAAAUCACCAGCGAGAAGCAUUUUACACUCGGAAGGGAUUCGUCCAGGACAUACAAUAACUUAUCGACGACUGACGUAACCGAACAGCAUGUUGACAGAAGCACACUUAUUAAUGAAUCUUAUGCAUUUAAUAGUACACCAAUCCCGCAUGAAACUACUUCGUCCGAAAAUGAAUCCCUGGCAUUGUUUCCUAUAACUUCUCCCAAUGAUUUCACAGCCACUAUGCAUGACAGUACUCCGCUUACGCAAUCAGUAAAACAGACCACCCCCCUUAUUAAACACUCCACAAAUAUUUCUUCUGUCAUGACAACAAAUGCCUCUUUACCAUCUGCAGCUACUUCCUCUUCGCAUUAUUUUACUGUCACCUCAAAUUUGACGGACUUGACGACUGCUGACACACAAACUCGCAUCACCACCAUCGGAACGAAAAACACUGAGUCCCUCGUGAACGAAGCCUUCAGUAUCGCUAUUACGGCCAUAAUCAUGGCCGGUUUGAUUGGCCUGGGAAUUUUGCUGCGGUAUCUCCUUAGGAGAUACCGCAACUACAUUUUGCGGAGAGGGAGGCGGGACAGCAUUACGGCGGCGCCACGGGAAGACAUUUCAUACCGCCGGACCCUGGCCGCUGCGCAGGAAGUGGAAGCGGCCGCCACACUGGCCACCAUAAAGAAGGAGCCGGUGACACCCCAUUCCUGUCAUUGCACCCUGGCCGCGGCACAGGAACUGCGCCACGCCAUAAAACAGGAACCGGCAUCCCCCCGCUCCUGUCGCCGGACUCUGUCCAUGCCAGUAAUCUCCCCAAGAAAGGACCCCUACCUCAGGGAUGAGUUAAUUGCAUUGUAAUGCACCUGAUUAAAUACCCGAUAACAAAACU